AUGGCCCGCAGUGCAGCUGAGCGACUGGCCGAUCCCACCGACACUGACUUCCACACCGUAUUCUGGGCUAUUUUCAAGACCGAGGUCUCCGACCAGGAGGGGUACCACUACCCGCAGCUUUCGAGGCCGUCUAUGGCGAAACGAAAAUGGCAGCAAGCGCCAUCAUAUAUCAAAAUCAACAGGGAUGCCGUCCUGCCCGUCUUUGCCCUGCUUCACGAGUGGAUGCAUGCGUUUAGGUAUCUUAGCAUUGAUUAUCCCCAUCCUGACAAUGAGCACACGGCGGGUUGGCAGAAUGCCAUGAGGCUGGAUACGCAGUCGGCUUUGAGGAAUGCGGAGUCCAUUAUUGGGACUUAUGGCUUCGCUCGCGCUGAUCUGACGCCUUCGCUUGGUGGGAUCGCUGCUGCUGGGGGUGAGCGCGCGGGCUACACUUUUGACUGGGCGUGGGCGCAGCGGCUGAACGAUCAGAAGUGGCAGGCGAAGGUUCCGGAUGCUGUGGAGGAGGGCGGUGUUUGGAAGAACCCGGUGAUGGUGGGGGAGUUGUCGGUUUAUUGUGAUAUCACGGGGACGAGGCGGACGAGGGGUUACGAGUAG